AUGACCAUGGGCAGGAUCACCUUCUACGAGGACAGGAACUUUGGGGGUCGCUCCUAUGACUGCAGCAGCGACUGCGGUGACCUCAGUUCCUACUUGAGCCACUGUUACUCCUGCAGAGUGCAUAGCGGCUGCUUCAUGCUCUAUGACCGCCCAAACUACAUGGGGCGUUACCGCUGGUCCAACUGCAUGUCCUGCCACGUGAUGGACGGCCACUGGCUGAUGUAUGAGCAGCCCCACUACAGGGGCAGGAUGAGGUACUUCUGGCCUGGGGAGUACAGGAACUUCGGUGGCAUGAGGUUCAUGUCCAUGAGGCGCAUCAUGGAUUCCUGGUAUUAA